AUGGAUCAUCCGGAGACGAGUCAGACUAAAGAAGACGAGGUUGUUACCCACCUGCAAAAGGACGAUCAGAAUGGAUAUACUAGCCAUUCUCUGAUCCCGCAGAAAAAGGUGGUGGAUAAACUCGUGGAAAAAAUCAAGAAUAAAACCGUGGAUAUACAAACAUUCCAAGGGUUUUCAAGAGGAAGGAUGGAUCAAGUUAUACAAAGCUUGAGUCCAUUCAAAAGAAAGCAUCAUGUUUUCUUCGGCACAACCAGCCGGGAGCUAUCACUUCCAAUAGAAUUGACAAACAACCAAGUAGAGAUCCAGUUAAUUCUAGCCGAAGAAGUGCGGAGAGAUCUCUCUAAAAUGAAGCCAGAAGUCGCUAAUACGAUGAAAUGGAUUCAUAUCGGAGCAAUUCAGCUGGUGGUCAAAUCUGCUCUUUAUCCAGGAAUAGAUACACCAAUCGAUAUUGCGAUUUGUAAUAAGAGAGUCACAAAUGCAAGAGAUUCAGUACUGGGAGCCUUCUCAGGUAAUCAUUAUGCUAAGCAGAUUAUAGCCGAGUUGUACCCACACAUCGCUUAUAAUCUUCAAGAUGCAGCCUACAGCCGAGCCCUGACACUAUAUCAGGACUACAAGAGGAAUGAUCUUUUAACGGGAGGAAAUAUGCCAUAUUCGAUUACGUAUCAAGUUUCAUAUGCCCUAUCAAAUUCCCACCACACGAAUCUAUUUUUGGGAAAAGAUUUUAUUGAAAUCCCAAAAAUAUGCAAGGAGGUGGCCAAGGCUAUUAAUCCUGACCAAGUCGAAAUUCCCCAAAUAAGGGAAAUUGACAUCCAAAUAGGAGACAAGCAGGUGUUGAACUACGAUCAAAGUCUCAGAUUAAAAGCGCCAAGGUUGUCAUUCCAGGGAGAAAGGCUUACAUCAAGGCCUUUGGAAAGAAGCUUUUCUCAUUCCUACGAGAGAAACAAUUCAGGAAGCAUUAAUUCAAGGACUUGGAUCGUUCUUGUUGAUACCAUGACAGGAACAACCACAAGCUUCGCCGAGAAGGCCUUUGAAGAGAAAAGGCAGACACUCUGGCACAACAAGAUGGCGAGAAGCAAAGAGACCUGUUGCAAGUUUUCCAAUAUGGAUCAUCUAGGCCAUUGGGUUGAUCACCUCUGCGCGGAGUGUCCUACGCAGAAGGAACCGGAGUUCGGAAAAGGCUUCCUCCCGAAGCCUAACAAGAAGAAAUUUCGGUCCGACGAGUAUGAGGAGCACAGGACUCCACGAGGAUGA